ACGAAUGAGACAGACGUCGUGUUUGAGGCGUUAAUGAUGCAUUUGAACUGUUCCUCUGUUGUUUUAAAACAUUCAUACGUCUGAAGUCGGUGCAGAUUUUAGUGAAAACACAUUUUUAAAAAUCUGCAUUAGACACAAGUCGAGGCUUUAAUGAAGACAGAAAAGAGGGUGAUGUUAGCAGUCGGUUAAUUUAUGACGUGGGAAGUCCAGAUUUGUCUUCUGAGUGCUGCUGAAUGAGUCAGGAGGAGGGUGGAUACAGAACCGACCCAGACCCUCCAUCAGAUCACAUCUCGGCGGUUCCUCUCCUGUUUUCAUUCCUCUGCUGAUCUCGUGGAAUGCACGAGAACAAACAUCUCGGCUGCCGGCGUCGCUGACUUCUGAGCAGAAUCUGGGAGCUCCUGUUUUGUUUUCUACCAUGAACGAGACCAGAUCUGGGACGUGAAGGGAAACAUGCGCGUGCCGUCCUUCGUCUGGAUUCUGCAGCUGGUGAAUCUGACCGAAGCUCGAGACGCCAACGUCCUGCAGCUCGGACGCAGCUCCUCGGUGAGCAGCGUCUGCCAGGCCGGCUGCGCCACCUGCUCGGCGCCCAACGGCUGCCUCACCUGCAAGAGUCGCUUCUUCUUCCACCUGGAGCUGGACGGGAUCCGGCAGAGGGGCACCUGCCUGACCUCCUGCCCCCGAGGACACUACGGGAGGCGCUCGCCGCACACCAGCACCUGCACCAAGUGCAAGGCCGACUGCGCUUCCUGCUUCAGCGAAGGCUUCUGCACUCGCUGCCACCCGGGUCACUUCCUGCUCCGAGGCAGAUGUGAGAGCAGCUGUCCGGACGGUCUGACGGAGAACACGGCGCUGCGGGAAUGCACCGAAUGCUCUGCAGGCUGCGAGCUGUGCACGAGGAGGAACGUGUGCACGAGGUGUAGAGAGGACUUGUUCUUCCUCCACCAUCAGUGUCACCUCAGCUGUCCGAGAGGCUUCCAGGCCGACGUCCAGCUGAUGCAGUGCACCCCAGAAAGUCACUGCGAGGUCGGGGAGUGGACACGUUGGGGUCCUUGUGUUGGUAAACGGAGGAUGCGAGGGUUCAGGAGGGGAGAGCAAACGCGAACCCGACAAGCGCCGCUCUCCCCCCUGAGCGUCUCCGGCGACCCGUGUCCACACGUGACCGAGAUCAGGAAGUGUGUCCUCAAGAAGAGACGCAGCAGAAGGUUGUAGCAACAUCUGCAGCUCGUUACUGCUGCACCUCCUGCUUCGUCUCCUAAUUUAAAAACUAUUUUAACGUGUAAAAAAAAAAGCUUAUUUUCAUAUCCACUCCAACAGAACUGAAUACAAUGAAUGGAUGCAUCUGAUAACAGUAAAUAAAACUAAUGUGUGUGUCUACUGA